UUUUUUUGUGGGUAACAAAAGCACAAAUAAACUAGAGUCAAGUAGAAGAUCAAGCCUUCUGUGUCAUCUUCAGUCUCCUGCUACUGUCCUUUAAAGAAUUAUGUUUGGUUUAGGGGGUUACGGAGAAGAAGAUAGACGGGAGAGAAUCACCUUUACCCUACAAGCAGUCAUUCUUAAAAGAAGAUAAUCAAAUCAAGUAUGCCAAUAAGUGCCAUCCUAUCAAGUGCAAAUCCUGUGUAUGAGAAAUUCUAUCGACAGGUUGAUUCUGCUAAUGCUGGAAGAGUGUUAGCUUCUGAUGCAGCUGUUUUCUUGAAAAAGUCUGGAUUGACGGAUUUGGUACUUGGAAAGAUUUGGGACUUAGCUGACACUGAUGGCAAAGGUAUCCUGAGCAAACAGGAAUUUUUUGUGGCUUUACGACUUGUAGCGUGUGCACAGAAUGGAUUGGAUGUUUCCCUGAGUAGUCUUAAUUUGCCUGUUCCUCCACCAAGAUUUACUGAUACCAGUAGUCCUUUGCUACUCAGUGGAACAGCAUCAAGUGAUGUACCAUGGGCUGUUAAGCUGGAAGACAAAGCCAAGUAUGAUGCUAUUUUUGACAGCCUAAAUCCUGUGAAUGGACUGUUGUCAGGUGAUAAGGUGAAACCUGUACUCCUUAACUCAAAACUGCCAGUGGAUAUCUUAGGACGAGUGUGGGAACUGAGUGAUAUUGACCGUGAUGGAAUGUUGGAUCGAGAUGAGUUUGCAGUUGCCAUGUUUUUGGUGUACUGUGCUUUGGAGAAAGAACCAGUGCCAAUGUCCUUGCCUGCAGCUUUGGUGCCACCAUCCAAGAGAAAACCUAUCAGUGUUCCAGGAGCAAUGCCAUUAAUUCCAUCCUCAACGUCUACCAAGGAGUCUCAUCAGUCCUUGCCACCUGUAGGCAUUUUAGCUGCCAAAACACCAUUAACACAGUGGGUUGUAUCGCCUGCAGACAAAAUUAAGUAUGAUGAGAUCUUUGUGAAAACUGACAAGGACAUGGAUGGAUUUGUGUCAGGUGUGGAAGCCAGAGAACUAUUCUUGAAGACAGGACUACCUUCUGCUCUUCUUGCACAUAUCUGGGCACUCUGUGACACAAAGGACUGCGGAAAGCUUUCAAAGGAACAGUUUGCUUUGGCUUUCUAUUUAAUUAAUCAGAAGUUAACAAAGGGCAUUGAUCCACCUCAAGCUCUGACUCCAGAAAUGAUUCCACCUUCAGACAGAGGUGUCAGUUUACAGAAGAGUACUCAAGGACUGAAUUCUGUAGCAGAUUUUUCUGCAAUUAAAGAACUCGAUACAUUAAACAACGAAAUAGUGGACCUGCAGAGGGAAAAGAAUAAUGUAGAGCAAGACCUGAAGGAGAAAGAAGAUACCAUCAAGCAGAGGACAAGUGAGGUCCAGGAUCUACAAGAUGAAGUAAAGCGGGAGAGCAGUAAUCUGCAAAAGCUGCAAGCUCAGAAACAGGAAGCGCAGGAAAUCCUUAAUGAUCUUGAUGAGCAGAAGGCCAAGUUGGAAGAGCAACUUAAUGACAUCAGGCAGAAGUGUGCAGAGGAGGCCCAUUUGAUUGCCAUGCUGAAGGCUGAAAUAACAAGUCAGGAAUCAAAGAUUUCAGCAUAUGAAGAUGAACUGUCCAAAGCUCAAGAGGAGCUGAGUCGCCUGCAGCAAGAAACUGCAGAGCUUGAGCAUUGCAUAGAGUCUGGGAAAGCACAGCUGGGACCUCUUCAGCAACAUCUGCAGGAUUCACAACAGGAAAUCAAUUCAGUGCAGACAAAACUUCUUGAGCUGAAAGAAUUGGAAAAUAGCCAAUUUAGUGGGCACUGUCAGCCACAUAAUACACUUGUUAAUGGAACUGCGGAUCAUUCUAGUCUUAGCAACAGCAGCAGUGAAACUGCUAACCUUAAUGAGAAUGCUGAAAGGGAAAGUAUAGCAGAAGAUGAACAGAUAAACAGUGUGUCUCCAAUAAGGAACAGUCCUGAAACAACAGCCUCUCUUGUGGAAGAAGAGAAAGAGACCCCAGCUGCAACUAUUACCAAAAAAGAAGAUCCAUUCACUGAAUCUCAUCCAUUGCCUGAUCUAGUUUCUGAAGCCAGCUUAGAGUUCUUCCAGUCUGACCCUUUUGUUGGCAGUGAUCCCUUCAAAGAUGACCCUUUUGGGAAAAUUGAUCCUUUUGGUGGUGAUCCCUUCAAAGGCUCAGAUCCUUUUGCAGCUGACUGUUUUUUCAAACAAUCCUCCACUGAUCCUUUCGUGACUGCUGGCUGUGAUCCAUUUAGCACUGCAGACAACAGUAAUAAUAUCACAACAGACAUAUCGAAGAAGAAUGACCCUUUUGCUCCUGGUGGAACAACUGUUACUGCAUCAAAUGAUCUAGCUGCAGACCCCUUUGCCUCUCUGUUUGGAAAUGAAUCCUUUGAAAGUGGCUUUGCUGACUUUAGCACGCUGUCAAAGGCCAACAAUGAGGAUCCCUUUAGUGCUUCCACAUCAGGUUCUGUCAACAAUGUGAUCAUAACUAAAAACUUAUUCGAGGAACCACCAGCUAAAAAUGAGGAUGUUCCUCCUGCGUUGCCCCCUAAAACAGGAACCCCCACGAGGCCCUGUCCACCACCACCUGGGAAAAGACCUAUCAAUCAAAUAGACUCUUCAGAUUCCUUUAAACCGAGCGAUCCAUUUCAGCCUUUCCCCACCCCAGACAUUCCCAAAGAACAAGAAGCAGAUCUAUUCUGUGAUCCAUUUGCUCCCACCAGCAUCAGUAAAGAGGCUGACCCCAACAAUUUUGCAAACUUCAGUACUUAUUCUACUGAGGAAGACAUGAUUGAAUGGGCUAAGAGGGAAAGUGAAAGAGAAGAGAAAGAAAGAUUGGCAAGGCUAAAACAGCAAGAGCAAGAAGACUUGGAACUGGCUAUUGCACUUAGUAAAUCUGAAAUAUCAGAAGCAUGAAGUCUAUAAUAAGAUUGUCUUAUGUCAACUGUUUUGUCCCUUUUACUGAAUGCGUAACCUAUUUAAAUGUUAAUCAGAAAAUGCAUAUAUACAAGAAACUACGAAAGGUUUUAAAUUUCUGAAAGUGGUGUGAAUGUUUCUGCUAAAUUCAAUCCUUUUGGUUAUUGUUUGAAUAACUGUUAAGUUUAGCAUUCAAUUUAUCUCAAGUUUUCAGGAGAACAAAUUACUUUUCCCAGCUGUAAGCAAAUCAGUUUAAAAUGCAGAUAGUGAGAUUGUAGUUUGACUGCAAUCUGUCAGCAGUUGGUAAUUGAGCAUAAAGUGAACAUAGCAAUUAUUCUGUCAUGGCUGACUGUCUCCCAUCAAGCAGUUAGUCAUUUGAAACCUUUUAUCCUUCUAAAGAGAUUUUAGUAACGCCAGAGUUGUGGAGUGCUUUAUUUUAUGUGUAUGCAUAUAGAUUUUUCUAUUCAUUGAAGAUUCUGCGUUUGGAUUUGAAAAAACAGUCUUCAUGGAGUCUAAGAAAGAUUUGUGUCUUUCUGAAAUCUUUUAAUACUUUUCUUGCAUGGUCAUAGGUUUUAAGUCAGACCUGUUAUUUUGUUUUAUAAAGCAAUUAAGUUGAAGAUUCAUGUGCAUUUGCUGUUGGCCACAAUGACUGUCAAAUUUGAAACCCCACUGCUAUUUGAGCCACUUCGGCCUGUGAAAUAUGCAGUUGAACUGGCAACUUAGUAAGUUCAAUUUGAAAUAGGAUUGGGAAUAGAAAGAAAAAACAGGUAGUCUGAUUUUUUUUUUCUUAACCGUAGUUGUUUUCUGUGUAUGUAAUUUAUUGAACGCCAACUGAUAGUUGCACCUUAAACUGAAUUAUUUCUUUAUGGUCACUGAGUCAGAGUAGGAUUGAUAGAAUGUUAAUGAAAAUAACUUAAUGAAAGUAACUUAUUGUUCAUUUUGAAACAACUCUAUUCUGGAGAAUCAGUUUCAUGAAAAUAAAUCCAGAAAAAAUAAUCUUUUGCCCUAUUCUAAGAAAAAUGGAUGGCAGCAGCAUAAACAUCAAGAGAUUUUUUUCCUUGCACUUUUAACCUGUGGUAUUUCUGUUGAGGAAAUUGAAGUUUCAGCACACAGCACUGGGGGAGAAAAGGGGAGAACUCAGCCAUGCUUCAGUAUAUUUAAGCUCUUCCCAUUACCAAUCAAUGCUGCUGUUGCACAAUUUUUGAGGGAAGUUUUCAAUUUUUCAGGAAAAAUGGGUAACCUGACUGGGAUAGGUUUUCUUUUGCACUGGGAAAUGAGCAUAUAAACACCUGCUCAAAAAAAGUAACUUAAAAUUUUGCAAGUAUUAAAUAGUCAUAUCUAUACAUCUUUGUAAUGAGUGUACACUAAUCUUGCAAAUCAUAUACUUAACUGGAUUACAUAGUUUCUUAUCUUUUGUUAAAAAUGUAUACUCAGUGGACCAACACGAUAUUAUAUGUAUAUAUUAUAUAUAUAUUCCUGCUUUCCUUUAUGGAAUUUGAAGUUUUGAGUCAUUUGAUGUUACAUUUCAUGUUACUGACUCUGACUAUAGUACUUUUACUCGGACUACCAACAAACCACUGCUGUGAGCUAAAUGGCAUUACUUUAUGAAGUUUUAACUGUUUUUUUUUUUUAAAAAAAAAAAAAAUCUUGUUCAGGUGGGAUUAGCCUCUAUUUAUAGACUUCCCUUUUGUUUAAAAAUUCUAACAAUAGCCUGUAAUUAUGAAGAAAUAAAGUUUAAGUACAUAAGUGUGAACUGUUUGCCUAUUUUUUCAAGAGGGUGCUGUGAGCUGUAAAGCAAUGUGUGAAUGUAAUGUAAACAAUACAAAGUGUUGUGAUUGUAGUCUGAUGAGAGCAGGUUAAUUUUCAGAGAAAAAAGUUGCCUGAAUCUUGAGGUUAGAUGAAGUGCACACUAAUCCCAGCUGUCACUUGCUUCAUUAGGAGUUGUGGCAGCUUGAAAGAAAACUCAGGCUACUUUUGUCCAAGGAUUUUUGCCUGCACAAGGGUUGCAGAGCCAAAAUGUUUAGGUACUUAAAAUUUAUCCGUGAAGAUAUGGAAGCAUUGUCUACUGACUGCUGUCAACAUACAGAGCUUCAGAGAUCUUUAGUUUGACCCAGCAUGUAUGAUUCUUCUAAAUAUGUCUGUCAGCAUAAUGUCUCCCAUUAUGUCAAGGCAUAGACUGGUUGGUCAGAGGUUUAGGAGUUCCAGCCACCUUUUACAUGCAUCUUUGAUCCUUUUGUUACAGUAGUGCUAGGUUUUAAUAUAGUCAUCUCUUUGCCCAUUUUCUUUUAAUGAGACAUCAGCUGGAUUAGGCAACUUAAUAUCU